UACAGGGACAUUUUAAUUGUGCCUGAUGGGGAUGUUUGACCCCUACAAUUGGUCUGAUGGCUGCUUACAAAAAGUAUUGAAAUACUUCCCAUCUGGCAGAAAUUACUGACGAUGGGAAGUGUUUGACAGUGUUGAAUACUAAUUUUUAACAAUAUUCUGUGAAACAUUAUAGAAAAAUCAGCACUCAGCCUUUAAUAAAUAUCAACAACAUGAAGCAUAUAUUUGUUAUGAUUCUGUUUGCUUCUGAAUGCCUAAUAAAUGCUAGUAUUCCUGGUUGUAAUGAAGUGGAAAGAUAUAGAUAUACAAAACAUCGUAUUCAUUAUAAUGUGGAAAUUACAAAUAUUGAUUUAAAUUGCUACGGAAUCGAUAACCUUCCAUCAAAGGAAUUACAAUUUGAGGGAAAGAUUCACACACCCCGUCGUGUAUUAUUAAGUAUUACCUUCCAUGACAGUAACAUAAAAACUAUCCCAUCGCUUUCUUUUUACGAAUUUGCUUCCAUACGAGAUUUAAAUCUGGACCAUUGCGGCAUCAAUACGUUGGAAACAAAUUGCUUUUUAGGAAUGAAAAAUUUAAAAAGACUACAGUUGGGUAAUAACAAUAUUUCAAAAAUUAAUGUUGGAACAUUAAGUAAUUUAUUCGCCCUUAACUACUUAAAUUUAUCCAGUAAUAACUUAAAAGACAUUGAUAAAGACGCUUUCAAGGGUCUCACGUUGAUGAAUGAUUUGCUCUUAAAUUACAAUAAACUUGAAGAAUUACCGGAUGAAAUAUUUUCUUCUUUGCACAGCAUUAGAAAUAUCGAUUUAUCAUGGAACAACUUGAGCACCCUUACUAUGAAUAUAUUUCGGAAUAUGACAAGUCUUGAAGCUCUUAAGUUAAAUAAAAAUCAGUUAAAGACACUUCCACCAACAAUAUUCAGCAAUUUAUCUAGUCUCAAAACCCUUGACAUGUCUUACAAUUCAUUAACAAAUCUUUCUUACGAAUCUUUAUCAGGGCUUGAAUCAUUAAUUUCUCUUGAUAUUUCCAAUAACCAACUUAUUAUGUUAGACUCUAAAUAUAAUUGUCAUAAUGCGUUUUCUGAAAAAUUUUCGCAAUCCUGUUCGAACGAAAGCAACGUUAACACCUCACGCGUAAGUUUAUUUUUAGGGAUGAAAUACCUUAAAGAAUUACAUUUAGAGGGAAACAACAUUUCAAAAAUUGAGAACGAAACACUGAGAGGUUUUGUUCAACUUGAAAUAUUAAGUUUGUCAAAAAAUCGCUUAACUGAAAUCCACCAAGACGCCUUUAAAGACUUAUCUUCAUUGACAUAUUUGUCUUUAGAUAAAAAUAAUCUUGAAACGAUAUGUAAUAGCACAUUUUCUAAUCUACGAAAACUAACCACCCUACUUUUGGAUGACAAUAAAAUACGUACUCUUUCCGUAUCCCUAUUUAAAGACUUAGAUUCACUGGAUACCCUUUCCUUGUCGAAUAAUCUAUUGAAACAUCUUCCAUUUGGUUUAAUGUCCCAUUUAAAUCUAUUAAGCAGUCUUAAUAUUUCUAAUAAUCAACUUGUUGAAUUGAAUCCCAUAUCUUUCCAUUUUUUGAAUGUUAUAAAAUCAUUGGAUAUAAGCAACAAUAAAAUUAAUACUGUGGAUAUUAAUCAGCUGAUGUCUGCUACAAGGAAUUUAGAACAUAUAUAUUUAAAUGGAAAUAACUGGAACUGUGAGGGACUAUUUAACAUUAUUAGAUCCCUUACGGUUAGAGGUGUUGUGGUCGAAAAUGGUAAUACUAUUGAUAUCGAAAAUGUUCACGGAAUAGCAUGCAGUCAAAGUAAUCGUGAGACUGAGAUGGGUACGUUUACGACAAGUGAAAGAACAACAACUGUAACGAACGAUUUUCAAAAGCACGUUUCAAAAGUUUUGAUGAAUAUAACUGGAACAUUGUCUAACAUCAACGUUAUAUUAUCAAAUCCGACGGGUUAUAGUGACGAAAAGAAACGUACAAAAGAUCAAAAUAUACAGGAAGGUAUUUUAAAUAAUUCAAUAGUUAUAGUAAAACUUCUAGAAUCUGCGAUUCAACAAUCCGCGAAGAAUGAGCAGAACAAGGAACGUUAUCUACAGUUGAAUGUUUUGAACAAAAAGGAUAUUCAGACAAAGAAGGAAACCAAUGACAUCGCUGGAUUUGAGCGUUUUCAGACUGUUCAAACAACUUCGGAUAUUGAAACUGCAAAAAUGUACUUAAUUGUAAUCUUAUCGGUUACAAGUAUGAUAAUGCUAAUCAUAAUCGGUUUCACGUAUUGCGAGUCGUUCAGACGCAUCCCUAUUAUCGACAGAAUCAGACGCAUCUCCAUUAUCGACAGAAUCAGACGUCACAAAUCUCAACACCAAAGCCAAAGCAAUGCCGACCUUAUAAUCAAUAAUGAUGUCGAAAUAUUAAAUACACGAAUUUGAGGAUUUAAUAAGCUGUUACGUAUAGAUGAAGAUCAUAUCCCAUAUUGUUUUAAUUCCAUUUUCUUCUGUCUUCCUAUUUAAAUAAAGAAUUAAAAA